GAUGACAAUUUUAAAAUGAAUAUGGGUGAAUUUAGCGGACAUCGAAGCCUUUAAAAAUAAGUUUCAUAGCUGUCAGAUGUGGAAAUUUACACAUUAUUACAUGUAAUAAAAUAAGUCACUUUUCGUUUUCAUAAAAAUAGUCGACGCCAGCUGCUGAGCUUUCCAACAGAUGGCAAUAAAAGCCCGAAGCUCCUGCAGAAAGGGAGAAGAUGAAGAAGAGACAACUAACCUGCGUAACCUUUAUUUUAAAAUUGCUGACUUUUCGACAGUCGUGAGGACUUAAUAUCGGUAACGUUACUCUUUUCGCUGUAAUGCUUGCCAAAGGUCCUCUGCGCUGGGUGUUGUGGGACGUGAAAGACACCUUGAUGGAGGUGCUUGGGUCUGCAGGGAAGCAAUACUGCAAGGAGGCUGAGAAACUGGGCCUGAGUCUCUGUCACGCGGAGGUUGAUGCUGCUUUCGAGCGUGUGUAUCGAGAUUAUUCCUGCAGGUAUCCCAACUAUGGCAAAUCUCAGGGUCUGACUGGCCAAACGUGGUGGAUGAAAGUGGUGAAAGACACGCUGUCCCAGUGCAGGGUCCAGGAUCCAAUGGUGUUAAAUACUGUGGCUAACAAUGCUUAUUGGAACUUCAGAAAUGCAACAAACUGGAAGAUCUAUCCGGAUGCAAAGCCGGCCCUGGAGAGAUGUUCGUCUCUUGGACUGAAGCUGGGUGUGGUCUCAAACUUUGACGACCGCCUUGAAGAGGUUUUGCGGAGCUGCGGACUGCUGUCGUACUUCAGCUUUGUGAUCUCUUCAGAAGAGGCCGGCGUCGCGAAGCCCAGUCCGGACAUCUUUGUUCAGGCUCUGCAGAGAUGUGGCACCUCCGCUGACAACGUGGCUCACGUCGGGGACCACUUUGUGAAUGAUUACCUCGCGUCAGGGUCCGCAGGCAUUCACGGGAUCCUUUUAGACCGACACAACAAGUACAAAGAGGCUGAGGUUCCUCAGGAGCAGAGGAUCGUGUCACUGGAAGAAUUGCCAUCACGACUUCAGCAGAUUAUGCACCAAUAACAAAAUAAAUAAAUAAAUAAAAACCUUACAUGAAACCA